ACAAACACGCAUACAUAAAAUAAGCUAAUACACAAAUUGACCAUCUUAAUAUCAAUCUUUUACUUAUUACAGGUGUUUAUGUUUUACUUGGAGCCUUCCUUUUGGGUUGUUUUACCAAUAAUCCCCAGGCUUUUAACGCAGAAUUAACAGUUAUAAGUUGUACAAUGGACACCCUUGUUGUCAGGGUAACAAACGCCUCAAGCACUGGGAUCAUAUACAUUCUUGGUCAAGGUGACGCUUGUCGACUAGAGACAUCUCCUCAGAAAGUAUUGUAUCAGUUUGAUUUCGCCUCGUGUGGCAUAUCCUGGCAAUUGGUCCUGAGGAUCAUUAUACAGAAGGAGAGGGGCUACCAGACUGGAGGGGACAAGAAAAUUCCCGUGUUGUGUGUCGCCGACACAAGUGACAUCGUCGCCUCUAACCUACUGGGGGCUGACACAGUGGACAGCGCCGGACUUAAUGUCACAGUACGUCCAAACGCCGGAAUGCAGUUCUUCAAGGCCGUGUCAGAGAUAGAGGUCAGCGGACACGAAGUCAAACUAUCUGAUCGCCUAUUUAUGGCUUUGAAAUUAGAAGCCGAGUAUCAAGAUGACUUCGACAUAAAGGCGAAAUACUGCGCAGCCGGAAGUAUCAUCAUAAUCGACAACUAUUGUGCUACUGAUCCGGGCCUUUUCCCGAACUUCUGGCGAUUCAGACGGGGUUUUCUCAUCUCCGAGUUCGGAGCCUUUCGGGAAACAUCGUUACAAGGGGGCGUGGUCACAAUGAACUUCACGUGUGUUCUGGAACUCUGCAAAAAUUACUGUAAUCCGUCGUUAUGUGGGGAUGUGUACGAGGGAUGGGGUCGAAAAAGGCGGGGAACAAAAGAAAUAGGGAGUCAUCUUGGAUAUAUUAUUACUUCCGGUUCAUCACGUGACUUCCGACGCAGCCGGAAGAAGCGUCAGUCAAGACGGAGAGAUGACGACAUCGAUGUCGGAGCAAGAAUUGAUAUCGUGGACAAAUAUUCCAGGAUAAAAGUUAUAACCAAAGAUGAUUUUUGCUGGCAGAUCUCUUCCUUCGUUUUCUUAAAUGUCGGGCUCGGUCUCUGUUUAUUGGCAACAACUGGGGGAUGCAUGUACCUCAAAUUUCGCAUAUCAAUUUACAAGAAUAUCAUACAGAACCUAAAAGCAAGUAUGAAUGGAUUUUCAGCCCGUGACGUACUGGAUCUAAAACAAGGUCAUAGCCUUCGCGGGAAUAAGUGUUGAGGCUAA